AUGGGUGCGCCACACCUGGGCACGACCCCCCUGUGCUCCUCCCUUAUGGCACACGACCCAAAAAAGGAGCAACAAUGCAAGUUUCUUUUCCAACCCAAGGCAUUAGGAUUCUUGUCAUCAUACGGAAUAGGAGUGGAAUAUAAUCAGGCAAAGGCACUGGUAUAUUACACAUUUGCUAGUAUUGGAGGAAAUCUUAUAUCUCAGAUGAUCAUGGGUUAUCGUUACUGGUUAGGAAUCAAUGUUCCAAAGAAUUGUGAAGCAGCAUUAACUAAUUAUAAGAAAGUUGCAAAGUUCGAUAUAUCUUGGACAGCUGCAUCUUGUGGGAAGAAGAGGACUAGAAAAAGAUCAUGCUAAAGCUUUGUACUACUUCCUAAAAGCAGCAAAUGCAGGGAAUGCAUAUGGGAUGGCGUUCAUUGGAAAGAUGUAUUUAAAAGGAAGUACUGUUGUGACUCAGAGUAAUAUUACGGCUUUGAAGUUCUUCACCAUGGCAGCAGAUAAGGGUAAUUCUGUUGGACUCUGGGGCCUUGGUAUCCUUUAUUUAAAAGGUAAAGGUGUCCCACUGAAUUACACAGAAGCUUUUCAGUAUUUUCAAAAAGCAGCGGAGAAAGGAUAUGACAAUGCCCAAUUUCAGCUAGGAGUCAUGUAUUAUGGUGGUUUAGGAGUGAGGAGAGAUUUUAAACUUGCCUUCAAAUAUUUUUACUUGGCAUUUGAAAAUGGCCAUCUCCUUGCAGUGUACUAUUUGGCUCAGAUGUAUGGUGAAGGAAUGGGAGUGUUUAAAUCCUGUCAAAAUGCAGUUGAACUUUAUAAAACUGUAUGUGAGCUAGGAGGAUGGUCAGAAAUGUUCCGGACAGCAUUUUAUGCUUACCAGACUGGUAAUUUAGACUCAUCUCUAGUCCAAUAUGCCUAUCUAGCUGAAAUGGGCUAUGAAGAAGCUCAGAUUAAUUCAGCUUACAUCAUGGAAUCUGAAAAAGUUAUACUUCUACAUAGAAAUCAAGUGUAUCCAUUGGCUCUUCUCUUAUUGAAGCAAGCUGCAAGUCAAGGCAACGCAUUUGCCAGAGUUAAAAUUGGAGAUUAUUACUUCUAUGGCUUUGGAACAACAAAAGAUUAUGUUUCAGCAGUAACUUAUUAUACUCUUGCGGCAAAUCAACACAGUGCUGAAGCUAUGUUCAAUCUGGCAUACAUGCAUGAGCAUGGUUUAGGGGUUCCUCAGGAUAUACAUUUAGCUAGAAGAUGGUAUGACUUGGCAGCUGAAACCACUCCAGAUGCUGUCACGCCAGUGUUCCUAGCAUAUAUAAAACUCGAGACUAUGCAUGUGCUUACGUAUCUGCCACUUCUCAAUAUUACUGCAGUCUGGAAAAUGACAGGAUUUGAUGGUUUGCUAAGAAUACAUUGGGAUCUGCUUAUGAUUAUAUUCCUGUUUGCAUUAGUGAUAUUGUUAAGAGCCAAUCAGCAAAACUGAAUAGUAUUUGUUCAUAUUUUUGAUUAUCUAAACUGAUUUUAAAUUCUAAUUUUCUAAAGCCUUUCUUUAAUAAGAAAUUAAAACAUAAUAAAAUACUCCCAUUCACCCUGGG